CCGUCCAGAAUCGCUGUAAGAUACGUAACAUUUAAUGAAUGUGCCAUUUGGCGGGAUCACGCGGAGCGGGGGAAAAAAAUGGGGUACGCUCAUAUAGUGGCCUGACAUGUGGGCCUGCCGAAACGGAAGUGUGGACGCCGUCGACGGAGUGAGGACCGAGCCGUGGAUCGAAAAUGGCGCCGGCGUCCUGAUCCGUGGACCAGAUCACCGGAAGGCUGUAGCUCCGUGAGGUCGUGCAGUAAAUGCGUGUAGGUGCGCCGCGCGGUGCCAGGGCAGCUAAGCCGGGUUAGGGUUUUCUUCCCAGGCGGCGGGAGAGUGGGGAUAUCUACUGCGCGAACGGCGGCGGCGGUAUCCAGAUAGCUCGAAGUUCACCGGCGGCGAUGGACUUCCUGCUGCAACCUAUAAACAGAACACUGCUACAGGAGGUGAAUGACAACAACAGCAGUAGGGAGCCGAUGCGGUUCCCGGUGAGUGCGCCGGUGAGCGCGCAGGCUGGUUUAGAUGUGCCAGCGGUGGCAGCUUCAAGUGCAGACGAUCAUAUUUGCCCUGAAGAGGCCCCGGCGGAGGCAAGAAGUGCAGACAAGGAGCAGGGUCCAGAGCAGUCGAUAGAGCAAUUGGACCCAAAAACCCCAGGAUGGACACAAAGAGUGCGUCUGGGUGCUGCUGCUCCAUUCAGGCCUCCUUCUGCAGAUAGAAUAACAGCGUUCGAGAAGACCGUACGCCAAUUUGCAGAGGACCCAGGGGACAUUGUUAUUAUUCCAAAAAUAUGAACAUCAUUCGACACACUCGGUGAAGCAUACGACUUUUACAAUUUAUAUUCUUGGGAAAAAGGUUUUGGCAUCUGAUAUGGAAAGAGCAGGCUGAAUGUGAACCGGACGAAGUGCAUGCAGGAGAUAGUGUGUGAAUGUGCGGGGAAGGCAAUUGUUGAGAACACACGGUCCUGUCGCUGUCAAUGCCCCACACUCGUAAGGUUGUUGCGUUCCAAGGACAAUGGUUGGUACAUAGCAGAGCAUCGGGAUGUGUACAACCAUGCGUUGACUCACACUUAUGGACAAACACUCCACUGGCCAUCGCACAAGCAUAUUGAUCAGUACAGCAGGGACCUUGUGAAGCAGCUAAGGCAAAAUAAUGUCAAUCUGGCAAAAGUGUACAACAUCCUCGGGAGCU